CAUAGCCCGAUUAAGCACUUUUGGACAUUUUUCGAAUUUUUCUCUCGACUAAUAAUGUCGCAAGUUAAACAGCAAGAGAGUAAGAAAGGGGCGUUUUUGGAUAGAGAUGAUUUUGCUUCAAAACUGGUCAUCGGACCGGUUGAUCUAUGCAUCGAAAGCCUCAAACUCCUCCAAAAUUGCGUCGCCAUCUUAUCAAUGAUGUACAACAUGCCGAAAUGUCCCUCCUUUAACGUCACACAUCGCAUGAAUAUUGACACCGAUCCGCAAGUUGUUGAUCCAAUCAUCCAGAAUAUUGAAGAGUUGUUAACUUCAACCAAGACCUUUACGACCCGAUUAGUUACUCGAUUUUGGGGACCAGACACGAUUUGGAAUUGUGCGAAUCAAGUGGUAUUACUUUAGCCAAAAUGGAUCGGCAAAGUAACGUUUUAAAAAUUUGGUACAUCCUCCUUGAAGGACUCUCCUCAGCUUCUAUCAUGUCAGCUCAUAAAAACCAACCAUUUGUUGUUGAAACCCUCUUCAAACUUUUGAGGGAUUUGAUCGAUAACCCGGGCGUUAACUUUGGGUUAUAUUCCAUAAAUCACUUGCUACUCCCGAUGGUUCAAAACUGGAUGCGCCAGAACAGCAAGAUCCAAAAACCGGGCGAAAUCUGGCAAAACUUCAAGCACUGUUGUGGCUUAGCUAGUGAGCUUGUGGUCGAUUAUUUGCACCAUUUGCAAGGUUUCGGCCCUUUUGUUGAAAACCCAGCCGCUACUUUGGCCCUCAAACAACUCCUCUUGAUCCUAAUCGAGUGUAUAACACAACCUAGCGAAAACAUAGCCCGGUUAGGGACUUCCUGCAUCCGUCACGUUAUUUUAAGUGCUGGUAAGAUUUUGACUGGAGGGCAAUGGGAAAUUCUGGUCGUGGCCCUGCACAGGGCUUGCACCAUCUCGCUUAACCCUCUCCACCAACUAACCCUCGCAUUUAAAGAGAACUCGGAUAGUUUUUACGGCGACUUGGCGACAGUUAAAGUCGCAGCGCGUAAAGACAGCACAGUGUCCGAAAACGAGAGGUUGUACGAGCUUGCCCAGCAAGUUUUCCUCAUGCAAUGCCAACGCAACUGUCUCAAGUGCGACAAGUUGUGCGAGUGUGAUGCCAGUAUGACGAUUGAUGAUCGCAGUUAUGUUUUUCUCCUCUAUCCGCUUGACAUGUCUUCGAUUUUAAACCCAGAUUUGUAUACAGUGAGGGUUCCAUUUCGCAAUUUGGUGGUUGGGAUUUUGGCGCAUCAAAUGCUCGUUCAGACGAUUUCCAGCGCGCUUUUGCAAAAUUUGAACCAUAUCACGCCGAUUUUGAACAUUUUGCAAAUCAAUUCGUGUAGUUUGAGGGGGAUUUUGACGCAUGUUAACGCCAAACAUGUCGAUAUUCUGUUGAAGUGUUUGGAUGUGAGUAAUGCCAGAGCGAAGCAGUUUGAUGUCAGGCCCGGCUUGAAGUUUUUGACUCAGAAGGUUGGGAAUUUGAGCAAGGCGGCGAAUUUGUACACGCAGGCAAACACUUCGGAGGUGGUCCAAAUGAUUGUUUUAAUCGAGUUGUGUCUUGAUGGCAUUGAAAAAUAUUCGAUUAAACCCAAAGACUUGAAAGAAUUGUUGGGGAAGGAUGGUAAAGUUAGGUGUUCUAGUGAUUUGGAUUACGUUGAGCAAUUUUUGCGACGGUUGCAAAACAAGUGGGAGUUUUUAUGCGAGUCUUACAUCAACCUAACGAUAAACAUCCCAGUGCAAGACAGUGAAGACGAAUUGAAGAGUUCUAGUGAUAAUCUUGACCAAAUUGCCGACAAACCCCGACCUUUCAAAUUAGCAGAUUUCAAGCAAGAAGAAGACACUUUGAGUUCAAGCACUGAUUCGGAAGGUUAUUUGGAGAAGGAAAUUUUGCCAAAUGUGAAAACUGAAGAGGAGGCGGAAAAACCGAAACUGCGUCAAAGUUGUAGUCUUGACGAGACAAUUUUGAAAAAGACAAAGGAAGUCUCAUCGACUGAUGACGAAACGAAUGACAUGGCGGCCAAAUAUACGAAACAGAUCCACGACAAGUAUAAAGUAGAGCUUAAUUCAAUUAAAUACGACACUAAUACGUUGCUGCAAAUGCGUAAAUCGACCAUUUCGAGUGAUAAUAUCACGAGUUGUGACAGUUUUGAGAAAAAGACGCCAAGUCCGAGGAUUAAUCCUUUUAUGGUGGCUAAUGUGCCACCGCCGCAACCGAUACCGCCAGAAAUUCAGCAACAGAGGGCCAUGAGUAUCUUUAAGGACUCUGAGGCGUACAAGACGACUCGGAUCGAGACAAUGGAGGCAUGUCUCGAGCUUUUGAGUAGUCUAUCGUCUGAAAAGCUCUCGCCUUUGGCCACCGUUUUGAAACAAGGCGCCGUUCUUCUAAUCGGGGCUCAGGACGAGAAAAUAAAAAACGCAGCUGAGAAUCUUCUCAACAGAAUGAAUAUCUCGUACAUUGACCACGAUAAUUUCUAAUUUAUUUGCACUCUUUAAGACUGGAUUUGGAAGUCUGAUGGUAAAUCUUCGUGCUUACUUUCCGUAUAAUUACUGUAGAAUAAAAAAAUAAAUGUAAAAAUCGCUGUAUUUUAUGACGAAUGUACAGAGAAUGGUAGACAAUAAAGGUGAGUUUAAGUGGUUUA